AUGUUAAUGAAUACUAACAAUCAAGCAAUCACAGAUGUAUUUAGAAAUAGAUAUCUAUUAAAAUUGAUAGUUAAUAAGAUACAAAGUAGCGGUGGUGAGACAAUAGAGUUACUUGGUGCGCGACUACCGUUGUACAUUGGUUCGAGCUAUGAUGCACUCAAACAUUGGUCACCACAAUCAAAUGACAAAGUAUUUCCUCCUCUUCGUAGACGGUAUCUACACCUGGUACAAGACUUGGAAUGGGUUAUCAAGAACAAGUACUUUGGUCUAUUGAAAGAUAUCUUGACAUCACACUUAAAAGAUGUGACCGUUACACCAAAGCUCAUCGAAUUGACUCAGCAAUGUGCUGGUGAUCCCGAAUUGAUGCAGUUCCUAUUGACAAACCUGUCACACCAAUUUAGAGAAUACUUUGGCUCAGAGAAGGAUGUAAAUACUAAAGAUCCUCCUCUACCUCCAGUUGGAUUGAUUACAGGCUACCUCUUGGGAAUUGUCAUUCAUGGUGAUAUUCAAGUUUGGAAUGCAAUCAUUAAUAUUAUCAACUCUAUUCAAAACAACAACAACAACAUCAACAUUAACACCAACGCUACCAACAACAAAUCAAAUGAAUCGUCAAUACCAUCGUCAUCUAUUCUACACUUGUUAUUUAGACAUACACAGAUACCAGAGACAAUAUUGGAAUCUAAAAACUUUACAGUUGAUAUGAUUAUCAAACAAUGUAUAAUAUCCAACAAGAAAGAGAUACUCGUCAACAUUGUAGAGACUAUUGGUGCAAAGGAACUGGGUGCUUUUAUAGAUAGCAUGGCAGAGUCUAAACAUGGCAGCAUGUUGGCAGUCGACCUCUUUGACAUGGAUAAUAGUAAUACGCUUGUAUACCUUUAUCAAACACUACCAAUUAAAACAUUUUCCAAUCUAUUUGGUAAUCCCAUAUCAGCUAUUUUAGCAACCAAAGAUACAACAACCAUCACCAAUUACCUCAGCAACUGUGAAAUCGAACAAGUUACAGCCACAAAUCAUAUCACACAAUAUAUUACCUAUUUAUUUAAACCUUCACCAUCCUCUUCAUCUCCUUCACCUUCAUUCCAACAUAUUUCAUUUAUUCUCAAUCAUUUUGCAAUAUUUAAUCAAAAUGAAUCAAAUAAGGUUUCAGAAAGAAUGAAACAACUGGUAUCACCUAAAGAAGAGGCAAAAGGAGCAGGGUUAUUAUACUGUGCAGAAUUAUAUUUAACAAUGAUAAAACAUGACCAACAUAAAAGAGAAUUAAUGGAUCAAUCUCAACAUACUACAACAAUGAGGGAUUCUAAACAAGUGAAAAUAUUAUUUUCAAUUUGUCAAUACCUCGUUCCUGCUUUGGAUAAAGAAGGAGAAGAAGAAGAAGAGGAAGGAAAAGCAGAAAGAUAUACCAAAAGAUGUGAAUAUUUAUUAGAUAGAGUUGGAUUUGGAUUUAUUUGCAAACUUGGAUCAUUAUCACUUGUAAAAUCAUCAUUAUCACUUUUACAAUCAAGAUCAUUUGGAAAUCAAUAUAUCAACUUGUUAUCAAAUAGAUUAGAGGUCGUAGAGUUUUGUGGUGAUGUUAUAUGUAAUCAUCAAAAAAUUGCUGGACUGGAAUUUGAUAUCAAAUAUUUAUUGCAAGCUUUAUCACUUGCCUAUUCACGUGACCAGUGGGAUAUUAUAAGGUACAUAGUUGUUAUGGUUCUACCAUGCUUGGAUAAAUCUAAAACCUUUAUCUAUGUCACUCCACUAUUGGUUCAUCGUGCAUCUCAACUCGGUCACCAUGAUGUCGUUCAAAUCUUAUCAGUCUAUGUUGACAAUUACUCUGAUUUUAUUAUUAUGGAAGCAUCUAAUCAACAACAACAACAACAACAACAACAACAACAAACUAGUACAACAGAGACAGAUCCAUUGAUCAAGGAAGAAAACCAACUUAUAGAGACUGUUAAAAAUUUUUUAGAUGUAGAGGGUGGAGGUAUUCCUACAGACCGUGUAAUACGAUGUUGGUAUCAAUAUUAUAAAGAUGCCAUAUCUCGACAAUGUUAUCCUUUAAUAGAGUAUCUUUUAACAAUUGACCCCAUGUACCGAACAACACCACCAAUGAUAGAGCUCGAUCGUCCAUUGGCAAUGAGUAACUUUUCAUUUGUCAAAAAGCUUCUCCAAUCCCCACUUAACAUUCCACUUGUUGUUGCUCUAGAUUCAACUUGGAAGAUUGUUGGUAUGUAUGGUACUGUCGAAUGGGUCAUACAAAUCCUCCAAAAAUAUUCUCCAACCAAAUGGAAUAGAUCAACAAAUUUAACAUACAUCGAUCAACUUGUUCAAGGCGCAAAAAUGAACUAUAAACAUGGAUCUCAAAUCUUGAAAUACAUCAAUGAAAAUGAUAUCAUUAUAGUUGACAUUGUCCAUCCGAAAAGCAUAGAUUAUAAUGUAUUUGGCGGUAAUGAGAUUACUUACCUGUAA